AUACUCCGUAGCUGCAAUCUGGAUGGGUUAACGCUGGACACGCGUGUUCAUACCCGUUCACUCCACAGGCGUGUAGUUUUUAUCCACAUAGUUUAAGUGGUUCUUGUUUUAAUUAUAAGUAUUGAUUACAAAUCGUUCUUGUUGUAAUGGGAGGUCAAGCCAAGGCCAAGAAGAAAAGCAAAGUUAAGAGGAAAGAUCUGCGUUCCAAUGGAGCCUCUGGGCUGGCAGGUCUGUCACCUCAAGAAAGAAUGAAGCUGAAGAUGCAAGAGAAAGCGAAGAAGAAAACUGCUGAGAAAUAUACUGUAGAACAACUGCUGGAAAAGACAGAGGAGUGUAUGGACAGUCUGGAGUUUGAGAUGGCAGGGAGGUUCUGUCAGCGAGCAUUAGAUGUGGAACCUGACAACCUCUUUACCCUGGAUCUGCUAGGACACAUCCACUCUGAGCGGGGAGACAUAACUAAGGCCACGGAAGUGUUUCUGCGUGCAGUAGCGUUAAGUCCUGAUGAGGGUUAUAGUAAAUACAUGUCUUUAGGGCAGAUGAACACAGGCCGUGAGGCUAUACAGUACUACACCAAAGGAAUUCAGAUACUGCUGCGUACGUUGGAGAAAAACCCAUCAACCACAGUAGAAGCCGGGGCAGCACACCCCUCACUCCAGGACACACGUUCAGAGAACCCCACAGCGACAGAUGUUUGUGUGGCAUACUGCUCUGUGGCAGAAAUCUACUUCACUGACCUCUGUAUGGAGGACGGGGCUGGGGACCAGUGUCGCGAGGCCAUAGAGAAGGCACUGUCCUAUCACCCGGACAACCCAGAGGCUCUGCAGCUGAUGGCCAGCUACCUGUUCAGUACAGAGAAGAACCAGGAGGGGAGGGAGUACCUGAUGAGAAGUGUGUCAGCCUGGCUACCUGCCCUGAGUGAUGCUCCACCUAGUAAACAGGACAUGGAGGACCAACAGACAGAGAAUGACAUCCCACCAUAUGAAUCACGCAUUACCACAGCCAAACUGCUUAUAGAGGCAGAAGAGUACGAGACAGCCGUAGAUGUGUUGGAGGGCCUAUUAGAAGAAGAUGACGAGGUGGUGCAGGUCUGGUAUCUGUCAGGCUGGGUCUGUUACCUACAGAUGGAGAGAGCUAAGGAGGAGAGCGCAAAGGAGGAGCAAGAAGAAACGUUUGAAGGGCAGCAGGAGGAGAAUGAAGCACUGAAGGAGGCAGCCAGAUCAUACUUGACCAGAGCUAAAAAGCUAUAUGGGAAGUUGUGCUGUGAUGAUGGCCCUAUGCUGGAGCACGUAGAACAGCUCCUUGGGGACCUUGGAGGGGAGACCGAGGUGGAGGAAGGGGAAGCAGACCCAGCUGUGGACGAAGACUUUGUGCCCAGCAGUGACGAGGAAGAGGAUGCCAUGGAACACUGACCACACCCGUCCCACUCUGCUAGAGAUCUAGGGAUUAAACAGUUGGUGGGUAAAUGCUGAUCGUUUGUCAGGAAUAAAGAAAGUCUCCCUAUUUUUCAGUGAAUCUCUUCUGCAACUGGUGGGAAACCGUGUUUGCCAGAGUGCGUAGAGUGUUAACAUGGGUUACUGUCCUCUACACUGCUUUUUACCCCUACAUCCCACAAUUGAACCCAUAACACUCUACUUUUAGUGUGCAGCCAUUGUCUCUACUACCUGGGACAUUGGAUACGGCUGACUGUUUUUAAAAGACUGGUUAUACGGCUGACUGGUUUUAAAAUACUGGUUAACUAGCGUCGUACACCACAGAUCAGCGACAGAGAUGAAGAUAAAACUGUAAUGCAAACUUUUCAAAACAGUCACUGCUACCAGUCACCUUAACCAGCUGACAAGUCAGACCUCUCUGAUCUUGGCCACACGAACAGAGUUCUCCUGGUGAAUGGCUUUGUAAUCCUCCAAGAUCUUUUCCAGGUUGCUUGCAGUCUUCUUACCAUUUUCGGUUUCAAUCUGUUCCUCCAGGUCUCUGAUCUCUCUCAUGAUUGUGCCGGUAUCCUCAUUACAGUUUUAUCUUCAUCUCUGUCGCUAGAUUCUGUCUGUGUCAAAUUCUUAGAUGUGCCUUUCUGCUUUCCUGAGUUUCUCCAAGUCAUAUGACCUCUCUAUGUUCAUAUUAGUGCUUCAAUGUUUCUGUAUGUAUUAAAAAUGAGUCAUUAACAAUAUAUCAUCUUGUUGAUUUCCAUUGUCCUGGAAUGAAUCUGAUUAAAAUAUAAACUCAA